GUCCAGCGGGCCGCGCGCCCGCGCCCGGGCACAAUCCUUGCCUUGUCCGCGGCGCCGGCGUCUCGACGUUUCCGCAGCCUCGGGUUACGUCUUCGCUCCAGGGCGGAGCCCCAGCCCGGCGUCGCUGCGGCCCGGCUUCCUCAGGACUUGGAAGCCAGGCGCGCAGCCCAGCCCCGCGUGGGCCCCGCUCCCCGUCAUGGCCUCCUCCGGCCCGGGCCUCCGGCUCCUGCUGUCCCUGCUGCUGCUGCUGCUGCCGCCGCUCUCGCCCGCUGCUUCAGCCUCCGAGCGGCCCCGGGGCGGCAAACCGCUCAACCCAGAGAAGCUGCUGGUCAUCACCGUGGCCACAGCCGAGACCGAGGGCUACCGGCGGUUCCUGCGCUCUGCGGAGGUCUUCAACUACACCGUGCGGACCCUGGGCCUGGGACAGGAGUGGCGAGGGGGCGAUGUGGCCCGCACAGUGGGCGGAGGACAGAAGGUGCGGUGGCUGAAGAAGGAGAUGGAGAAGUACGCAGACCGGGAGGACAUGGUCGUCAUGUUCGUGGACAGCUACGACGUGAUCCUGGCAGGCAGCCCCUCCGAGCUGCUGAAGAAGUUUGUCCAGAGCGGCAGCCGCCUGCUGUUCUCGGCAGAGAGCUUUUGCUGGCCCGAGUGGGGGCUGGCGGAGCAGUACCCGGAGGUGGGCACGGGGAAGCGCUUCCUCAACUCUGGUGGCUUCAUCGGCUUCGCCCCCACCAUCCACCAGCUCGUGAGGCAGUGGAAGUACAAGGACCAUGAUGAUGACCAGCUGUUCUACACGCGCCUCUACCUGGACCCGGGGCUGAGGGAAAAACUGAAGCUCAAUUUGGACCACAAGUCCCGCAUCUUCCAGAACCUCAAUGGGGCUUUGGAUGAGGUGGUGCUGAAGUUCGACCGGAACCGCGUGCGCAUCCGGAACGUGGCGUACGACACGCUCCCCGUCGUGGUCCACGGCAAUGGCCCCACCAAGCUCCCACUGAACUACCUGGGAAACUACGUCCCCAAGGGCUGGACGCCCGAGGGAGGCUGUGGGUUCUGCGACCAGGACCGGAGGCCACUCCCGGGGGGGCAGCCUCCCCCCCGGGUGCUCCUGGCCGUGUUUGUGGAGCAGCCCACCCCGUUCCUGCCUCGUUUCCUCCAGCGGCUGCUGCUUCUGGACUACCCGCUGGACAGGGUCACCCUCUUCUUGCACAACAACGAGGUGUACCACGAGCCCCACGUGGCAGACGCCUGGCCACAGCUGCAGAACCGCUUUGCGGCCGUGAGGCUGGUGGGGCCGGAGGAGGCCCUGAGUCCUGGCGAGGCCAGGGACAUGGCCAUGGACAGCUGUCGGCAGGACCCCGAGUGCGACUUCUACUUCAGCCUGGACGCCGACGUGGUCCUCACCAACCGGCAGACCCUGCGCCUCCUCAUCGAGGAGAACAGGAAGGUGAUCGCGCCCAUGCUGUCCCGCCACGGCAAGCUCUGGUCCAACUUUUGGGGGGCCCUGAGCCCCGACGAGUACUACGCCCGCUCCGAGGACUACGUAGAACUGGUGCAGCGGAAGCGAGUGGGCGUGUGGAACGUGCCCUACAUAGCCCAGGCCUACGUGAUCCGCGGGGAGACCCUGCGGACCGAGCUGCCCCAGCGAGAGGUGUUCUCGAGCAGCAACACCGACCCGGACAUGGCCUUCUGUAAGAGCCUGCGUGACCAGGGCAUCUUCCUGCACCUCAGCAACCAGCACGAGUUUGGCCGCCUCCUGGCCACGUCCCGCUACGACACGGACCACCUGCACCCCGACCUGUGGCAGAUCUUCGACAACCCCGUGGACUGGAAGGAGCAGUACAUCCAUGAGAACUAUAGCAGGGCCCUGGAAGGGGACGGGAUGGUGGAGCAGCCGUGCCCGGAUGUCUACUGGUUCCCGCUGCUGUCAGAGCAGAUGUGUGACGAGCUGGUGGAAGAGAUGGAGCACUACGGCCAGUGGUCAGGAGGCCGGCAUGAGGAUUCAAGGCUGGCCGGAGGCUACGAGAAUGUGCCCACCGUGGACAUCCACAUGAAGCAGGUGGGCUACGAGGACCAGUGGCUGCAGCUGCUGAGGACGUACGUGGGCCCCAUGACCGAGAGCCUGUUUCCGGGCUACCACACCAAGGCCCGGGCGGUGAUGAACUUCGUGGUUCGCUAUCGGCCAGAUGAGCAACCCUCUCUGCGGCCACAUCACGACUCCUCCACCUUCACCCUCAACGUAGCCCUCAACCACAAGGGCCUGGACUACGAGGGUGGCGGCUGCCGCUUCCUGCGCUACGACUGCGUGAUCUCGGCCCCGCGGAAGGGCUGGGGGCUCCUGCACCCCGGCCGCCUCACCCACUACCACGAGGGGCUGCCCACCACUCGGGGCACCCGCUAUAUCAUGGUGUCCUUUGUCGACCCCUGACACGCGACCACUGUGCCAAACCUUCACUGCCAUGGUGCCUUCUCAGGGGAGCCCCAGCCCCAGCCCCAGCCCCGGAAAGGGGCGGCCGCCGGUCUCCCCAUGUCCUGAAUGUGUGCUGAGCGUGCCUGGGACUGAUCAUGUUGUGCACCCACCCACCCCCACCCUGCCCAGACACAGCCCCCUCCCUACAGCCCGCAAGGGCUCCUGGGGAAAAGGGUCUCCCGGGGGUGCCCUGGGUGAUAAAUUAUUGAGACUGCUCCCUCCCACUAAAGGAGGAUUUGUA